AUGUCGACCCCGAACCCGAUGGUGACCCCUCCCGGCCCGAUCCCCGAAGUCUCCAAGACGACAAUCUCCAUCGCCGGGCUCCCCGUCGAUGUAUACGGCCUGAAGGAGCUUUCGCCUGCGGCGAAGGCCGUCUCCUGUCUCUGGCUGCACCACGGACGGCUUCGGAUGAAGGAAGACAUGGCACCGACUGCCUCCCUGGCCCUCAGCGCCUGGCACCGGACCUCGGCGUCCUCGACCCGCGGCCUGAUCGCCGUGGCCUUCGACCAGCGCAACCACGGCUCCCGCAAGAUCAACGAUCUGAACAACCAGGCCUGGCGCCAGGGCAACCCCACACACGCGCAGGACAUGUUCGGCACGGUCAAUGCCAUGGUUGUGGACACGUCGCUGCUGCUGGAUGCACUUGAGGGGUAUAUCUUUGGCAACGGCGACUUUGCUGCCGACGGCGGCAAGCUGCGCGCCAUCGACCAGCACCUGGCCCUCGGCGUGAGCCUCGGCGGCCACAGCGUGUGGCAGACCUUGUUCGCCGAGCCACGGGUCACGGCGGGCGUCGUUGUCAUUGGGUGUCCCGACUACAUGACCCUGAUGACGGAUCGGGCACGGUUGUCGAAGCGCGACACGUUCUCGGUGGCGGACAACGGGGCCGGCUUCCUGGGGAGCAGAGACUUCCCGCUGGCGCUGGUGGGUGCGUGCAAGAAGUACGACCCCAAGGGCAUACUGUUUGGGACUGGUCAGAUCGCACCCCAGCAACCAUCAGACGAGGAGAAAGCGAGGUUGAGAUCCAUCCUGGACCCGAGGAUACGGGGCAAGAAGUUUCAGCUUCUUUCUGGAGGCAAAGACAAGCUUGUUCCUUAUGCCAAGGGGGAGCCCUUCCUCAAUUUCUUCAAAGCCGCUGUGGAAACAUGGUAUGAGGACGGCGGCGUCUCAGUUGAGGACAUUAUCUACCCUGAGGCUGGCCACGAGUUCAGCCCUCGCAUGAUGCAGGAUGCCGUGCGGUUCAUUGUCGACGUGGUCGAUGGAGCCGAUAAGGGAAAGUCCGCAGCCUCUGCCAAGAUAUGA